AUGGGGUUAAGCAAGGUUUCAUUUUCUUUAUUCUAUGUGUUGGGGUUAGUCCUAGUGGGUCAACUAGCCUAUGCUCAAGACACAAAGGCAGACUACCUGAAUGCACACAACGCUGCAAGGUCACAAGUGGGUGUUCCAAAUUUGGUUUGGGACGACACAGUUGCUGCUUUUGCAAGUAACUAUGCUAACCAACGUAAAGGUGAUUGUAAACUGAUCCACUCAGGUGAUCACCGUUACGGGGAGAACCUUGCAAUGAGCACUGGUGACCUAAGUGGCACAGGUGCAGUUAAACUGUGGGUGGAUGAGAAAGCCAACUAUAACCAUGAUUCUAACACUUGUGUUGGUGGAGAGUGUAGGCACUACACUCAGGUGGUUUGGAAAAACUCUGUUCGUCUUGGAUGUGCCAAAGUAAGAUGUAACAAUGGAGGCACAUUCAUUGGUUGCAACUAUGAUCCCCCUGGCAACUAUGUUGGCCAAAAGCCCUACUAA